CCUCCAGCCUGUUAAUGAGAAUAGGAGGGGAGUUUUUUUCUGUUUUUUUUUCGUUUACGUACGAAGAAAAUGGGUCCUUCAUGAGUUGAACCCAGAAGAAUGAGGCCUGCCAGGGUGUUGGCGGCGUACCAAGCCCUGCUUUACAAAAGGCCGUACAUCACCAACUCUGCGACAACGGCAGUACUCGCCGCGGCCGGGGACGGGAUCGCUCAGGUCGUGUUCGAACGGAAGAAAUACGAUGGCGCCAGGACGAUGAGAAUGUUUAUUUUCGGAGCGAUGAUAGGCCCGGUUGUGACGAAGUGGUACAGGUAUCUGGAUAGCGUCGUCGGCCAUGAGUUGACGGCCAAGCGUCUCGCAGUCAAGCUAGCCACGGACCAAAUCCUCUUCGCACCCGCCUGCCAGUCCCUCUCGAUCUCCUUCGUCGCCCUCCUCGAGGGUAAGAGGGUCGUCGAAGAAGUCCGUACCAACUUCAAAGACGUCCUCCUCGCCAGCUACAAGAUCUGGCCUUUCGUCCAGGUCUUGAACUUCUCCCUGGUCCCGCUCCAGUACCGGACGCUUUUCGUCCAGGUAGUCGCGCUCGGCUGGAACACCUACUUCACGUGGAAGCUUCACAAAGACAACGCGGAUAUAAAACACUAAAAAAUCAGUUUAUUUUUGUACCAUUUUUUAUAUACAAGGGUGGGUCAUUAUGUAAAAUAAUAAAUAAAGUCGUGUCUACAAUUU